AUGUCGGUCCAAUUCACGGAGCCAGACUUGCAGCCGACAUACCAGGCACUCAUCAAUGGGACUGCCGACUAUGACUGGGCGAUCUUCAACCAAGUCGGAAACGAGAUCAAGCUCCAAGGAACGGGGAAUGGGUUGGAUGACCUCGAGGAGGAAUUCAUGGAUGGACGUAUCCAAUAUGCUUUCGCGCGUGUAAAGGAUAAGAGCAGCGCGCUCGACAAGUUUGUCCUCAUCUCUUGGUUGGGAGAGGGUGUUCCCGAGUCUCGCAAGGGUCUUUACCACACCCAGUCUUCACAGGUGUCAUCCAAGUUCCUGAAAGGAGCGCACCUCGUCCUCCAGGCCCGCUCUGAUAUGGAUGUGACUCCUGCUCUCAUCCACAAGCGUAUCCAAGAGUCGUCCGGGUCAAAGUACUCAUCUUCCGCUGCUGCCCCUACGCCCGCGGCGCCUGCACCGAAAGCUGUGCCAAGCUUCCGACCUAGUCAGGGCUUGGGCGGAUCGCAGGGCAAGCCUGCCAACGUCUCCACGCCGGUAUCUACAUUCACCCGACCCACCCCAGCCGCUCCGGCUCCAGCGCCGGCCCCCAAGCCGCCCGUCCGCGAGCCCUCCCCACCUCCGCCGCCUCCUGUCGCAACUCGUCCUCCGCCUCAAGUCAGCACUCCGAAGCCUGUAUCUGCGGCAACUCCAGCUCCUGCACCUGCCUCUAGGGCUCAGGAUGAUGAUCGUAUCGCACCGGUUGGCACAGCAUACCAGCCGAUCAAGCUCACUCCUGGGAAGCUGGGCGGCAGGUGGAACCCAGGCGGCAAUCAGGACAAGGGAGAAGAGGACGAAGCACCGGCCGCGCCCAGUCUAAAGGACCGGAUGGCUGCCUUCAGCGGAGGUGCCAAACAGUCUACACCUGCCCCCGCGACUGGAUCCGCUGGAGGGGGGAAGAAGCUCACUUGGAGUGAGAGGCAGGCGGAGACCAAGAGGCAGCAGGCCGCUGAAGAUGCUGGAAGCACCGCUGCUAGUGCUGCUGCCGGAAUCGGUGCUGGCGCUGUUGCUGCAGCCAGUGGUGUUGCUGCUGUCGCCAUCGGUGGAGUCACCGCGGCUGUCAAGGCGGUCUCUGCUCCUCCGCCUCCGCCCCGACAGCAAGAGGAAUCUGAUGAGGAGACGUCUGCUCCCCCACCUCCUCCGCCUCCACCACCACCUCCCCCACCCAUGCCAAGCGCGGAGACGACCUCGGCACCGGCACCCCCACCUCGGUCGAUGCCUCCACCCCCUGCGGUUCGUGCCGUGCCACCUCGGCCUGUCGACUCUGACGACGAGAAGGAGGAAGAGGAGGAUGAUUGGGGAGCGCCUCCCCCUCCUGCACCUCCAGCGGCGUUCAGGCCGACUCCUAUGCAAGAGACUGAGGAUGAUGAGCCGUCCGCGCCACCGCCGCCACCGCCGCCUCCACCUCCACCACCCAUGCCUUCCAGAGACCCGCAAAUUCAAGAGCUCGGGCGUCUCAAGACGGACCUCGCGACGGAGGCAGCUCCGAAGGUUGGCGCUCCUCCCCCUAUUCCGAUGGCUACACGACCUGGAGGCGGCAUCACCAGUGCACCGCCGCAACCUGCUGCUGGUAAGGCCGCUAAAGCGCUCUACGACUACACGGCCGAUGAGGAGAACGAGAUUUCCUUCGCUGAGGACGAGAUCCUCACGCAGAUCGAGGAGGUCGACGAGGGCUGGUGGUCUGGUACCAAUGCCCGUGGCGAAUCCGGACUGUUCCCAUCCAACUUUGUCGAGAUGAUGGCUCCCGGUGCAGCCGAUGCGAUGGGUGCGCCCGAUGUCAACGAUGAUGUUCCCCCUCCUCCACCUCCGCCACCCGCACCUCCUGCACGUCCCAGUGAGGCCGCAGCUGCCCGCGAAGAGGAAGAGGCCGAAGAGGGCGAGUUCAUGGUUGCCCAGUAUGACUACGAAGCAGCCGAGGAGAAUGAGAUUGGCUUUGCGGAGGGUGAUAAGAUCACUCAAAUUGACAAAGUGGACACGGACUGGUGGGAAGGAACGUGUAAGGGUCAGAGGGGUCUCUUCCCGGCCGCGUAUGUAGUUCCGGCAGACCAGUAUGAGGGGUAG